GUUUACGAAAUCAUAACUCACAAUGUCGUUGACUACACAGUGAAGUCUUUUUCUAACCCCUCAAAGUCUUUAUUUCUACAGGCCUAAGCAAUUCUUGAUCACCAUUAUGGAAUUCAAUUCUCAAGAAAUCUCAAUCCGCCCAUACGAAAUCAUCGACGUAGAUGACUUCAUGAUCUACGCCGGUGACGAAAAAGUGACUCGAUUCACCCGAUGGGACACCUUCACUUCCAAAGACUCUGCCACGGCCUACAUCAAGGACACCUGCAUCCCCCACCCUUUCUGUCGAUCGAUAUGUCUGAAUAACCGUUCGAUCGGAUUCCUGUUCAUCAAGCCCGCGUCUGGUUACGACAUGUGUCGGGCAGAGGUCGGAUACGCUCUUGCGGCCGAGUACUGGGGGAGAGGGAUAGUCGUUAAGGCUAUGAAGAUUGCUGUUUCUGAGGCAGUCAAAGUGUUUCCAGAGUUGUUGAGGUUUCAGGCUUUGGUUGAGGCCGAGAACAAGGCAUCUCAGAGGGUGUUGGAGAAAAUCGGGUUCUUUAGGGAAGGCUUGUUGAGGAAGUAUACUUUCAACAAAGGUGAGGUGAGGGAUAUGGUGAUUUUUAGUCUCUUAGCUACUGAUCCCAUGCUUUGAUGUGUUUUUGUGUCUUGCAACUUUGCAAGUGGUGGGUUGUUGUGCUAGUCUCCCUCGAGGAUUUAGUCGAGGUGCGCAUAAACUAACCCAGACACCUCGGUUACCAAAAUAUAAAUAAAUAAAUAAAAACUUUGCAAGUGAA